AUGAAGGUGUGGGGAUACUCAGAUGAUGAGGAGAGUGAAGAACUGGACGAUGAUGAAGAUGAAGAUCAGGAUGAGUAUGAAGAUCAAGACACAGAUGAAGACUGGCACCCAGAUGAAGACCAGGACCCAGAUGAAGACAAAGAUCAGGACCUAGACUGGGCUGAAGGUGAGAAUGAAGACCAGGCCAAAGACGAGGAUGGAGAGCAGGACGAGGCCCAAGAUAAGGAUGAGGGCCAGCAUAAUAACCUGGACCUGGAGACCCAGCAUGAAGAUCAAGAUGAGCACAUUGACCACCAGUCUGUGGGCAAGGACGAGGACAACAUUGACCAGCGAGCAAAUACAGCAUACAAGCUAUUUAAUGUUCCUCCUCACCUUGUUAAACUAGCAAACAAGAUAUCUGCUGACUCCGACAAAGAAGUUUACCCACCUCUGAAGAAAAAGGCCUCUCAAUUGGGGAAGCAGAAGAUGGUCAUAGAGUCAGACAAAGAUGUUGAAUGCCCACCUCUGAAGAAAAAGGCUCCUUGA